AAGAGCUGAUGUUUGAUGAGCAUACAUGAGGGUGCAUCUGAUAAGAAAAGAUUAGAGGUGAUAUUUGAUGGGCAUCGCCCUCACUUCGUUUUCGCUGGUACACAAACAUGUCUGUCAAGCUCCCUGUCUAUCCUUCUAGCUCUGUCUCAGAGAGCCACAAGACUGCGUCGUCAUCACGUUUACUCACAUUUUCAAGCAGAGUAUAGCACUUGUCUGGAUUUUUUGGGUUAUCCUAGGUAUUCUGGAGGCAAUGCUUACAACCCUCAACCCAUACCUGAGUGGCAGAAGGGCAUUAAUAACUUCUUCAAAGCAGUUUCCAAGCCUCAAGAUGGAGAGGGCAGCAGCAGUGGUGAUGGCAGCAGCAGCGGCGGAGGCAGCAGCAGCAGCGGCGGAGGCAGCAGCAGCAGCGGCAGAGGCAGCAGCAGCAGCAGCAGUAGUAGUGGUGGUGUUGAUGGCUGUGGUGGCAGCAGCAGCAAUAUUAUUUCUGAGGAGAGGCCAGGAUCCUCAAUGAGCAACAAUGGAACUUCCUGCAGCUUUAACAAAAAUGGAAUGAUCUCUGAUGAUAGUGAUGACGAUUGAUUUAGUUUUCAGCUCAACAGUGUUGGGAUGAUAAAGUAUAUGUACUUCUUAAGGAUUUUUUCUACUAAAGUCACUAUAUUUUUUGUAUUUUAGUUUAAGAAUCUCAAAUUAUAUUUUAUAAAUGAAACAACUUUAAUAUGUUAAUUGCAUGAAAAAGAAACACUGUAUAAGGUUCAGUAGUGAAUAAUAUUGCAUAAGCAUGUUGGGUAUUAUUUCUUGAAAUUCUCUGCCUCAUUUCUAAGUUUGAAUGACACACUCUUAGUCUUUUAUAAUUUCUUUGCAUUCUCUUGACAGUUACAUAAAGUUGGCUAAAUAACAAGCUGUAAUUUGUGAGGUACAUUAGAUAUUGUUAUGCUGCAUUUGUGGUUGAAAUAAAUUUUAUGUAUGUACAUUAAAUUGUGUUAAUAAAAGAUUUUAUAUGUAAAUGUGUAUGAUGUAUGCUGUAUGUCUAGGGACCGCUAUGUGAAUGACAUAUACUGUACACUGGAUUUUUACUGGCUUUACAUUUGCUGGUUACCACAAUUUUAGGUUUGUGGUCACUUGUUUGUGUUGUCAGGCACCUCCUCAGGCCAAAGAAAAAAACUUGCUAGCUGCUGGGUAAGCAGAGGGAAUGAAGAGUAAAAUUACUCUACCUCAGUCAGGUAUUCUCACAGUGGCUGGCUGGAAACUUCUGAUUCAUGUGACAGUGACCAACAUAAUUCUUAUAUGAAAGGCAAACACCCACAUGCUGCAUCCCCAGUAACUCUGGCACCAACAGCCCUGAUACCACCCUGCCACACACACAACAUCUGAAGCCACCCUGCCAGCACCACAACUGGUACUACCAACACCCCUGAAAACCACCAGCUGCCCUUACAACACUGCAUGGAACACCAUCAACACUAAUGAAACCACUUGCCCUGCCAACACCACACGUUAUAUGUACAUCUAGCUGCCCUGGCAACAACAUAUGUUACGCGUCUAGCUGCAUUGGCAACAGCAUAUGUUAUACAUCUAGUUGCCCUACCAACAGCACAUGUGACACCACCAGUACCAAUACAUGUAUUACCAGUUCAUUGCCUGAAGCAUCAAAAGGUUCCCUAUCUGCCAGUUGAUUCAGAUCUAUUUUUAACAAGCACCUCAUAUCCCUAACAUAACUGAAACAACCAUAUGCUAUGUUAAAUAUAACUAGCUCAUUCGUUUUUUCUCCAGUCUUCCUUCAACUCCCAUAGAAAAUUUAUUAUACGUCUUGUCCCAUUAUAUUUCUACUUGACUGUAUUUUUGCUUGACCCUACUCAGUCAAGUUGAAAUACUAUAAUGGGACAAGAUGUGUAAUAAAUUUGAUUAUAUUUUUUUUUUUUUUUUUU